UCUCUCCUCAUUCAGUCCCCUCCUCUUCAGAUUUUUCUUUCACACUCACACUUAUUGGUGGUUUGCCAGCCUCAGCAAGCAGAAUAGCACGCUGCCUGUGAUGUAUUCAAUUAUUUUUGCUCUGUAGCUUCUGUUCAGGUUGGCAAAACAUCACCCUACUGCUUAACUGCAGACCACUUCAUAGCUCUUGCACGGAGGUCGAAACAAUGGAAGCCAGAGCAAUCUACGACUUUCGUGCUACAGAGACCGAUGAACUCAGCUUCCAGAAGGAUGACAUACUUAAAAUCACCAAUAUGGAAGAUGACCCAAACUGGUACACAGCAGAGUUAAUGGGAAGAAAGGGCUAUGUACCCAAGAACUAUAUCGAACUAAGACCACACACAUGGUUUGCAGGCCGAAUAUCCAGGCAUGUUUCAGAGGGAAGACUGCGACAACGGGAAUGUGGAGCCUUCUUGGUACGAGAGAGUGAAAGUGCACCUGGAGAGUUCUCCAUAUCAGUCAGCUACGGUGAUCAUGUGCAACACUUCAAGGUUCUGCAGGACAGAGAGGGACAGUACUUUAUCUGGGAUGAGGUCUUUUCAUCUCUCAACAAGCUGGUGGAGUUCUACAAGAGCAACAGCAUUGCUAAAGAAAGGGCAGUUUUUCUCCAAGAGAUAGAACGCUCACAAAGGAGGCCACAUCAUGCCCAUGCGCUGAUAGACUUCAUCCCUAAACACACCUCCCAGCUGCAAUUCCUGCGUGGUGAUAUAAUUGACCUGCUCGACUGCUCAGAUGCACAAUACUGGAAGGGACGCUGCAAUGGGCGCGUGGGCAUUUUUCCUAAAGAGUAUGUCAAGCUCAUUUACCACUGACCUCCGCACAGCCUCAUUCAAAUGGGGUCUGUCUCAUUCAUCUGUGGUCCUUCAUGCCCAGCGUAGUCAUAACUUAAUUCAAUUUAUCAGCUAUUAAGAAGACUGAGCAGGGAAAGGAUAACAAUUCAUGUGGACAGAUUGCUACAGACAAACGCACAGCCAUGUGUGAUGUUGUGCUUAUAAAGAAAAAGAACUGUAUAAUCCUUUGAUCAUUUAGCCUACAGCAUCAUUACAUAUAAUGAUAUAGACACUAAUAGUAAUCUCAUUGGGCUUCCCAAUGAGGAAAGAUUAAACAUCACUAAACAAAGAAGAGCAGUAGGUUUAUACCUAACUGAAUUUAAGCACAUGUUUAACUGCAACAUUUUGCUGCACUUUUUUUAUGUACAUUUCUUUUUAUUUGCCAGAGCUCUUUAAUUGCAGAUUGUGUAUGCAGUAUUUUUAUAUAUGUAUGUGUGUAUUUGUCUGAAAUUGUUGUUAUUAAGAUAUUUCUCAUACAUGAAUAUACAAUGUGAUUAUUGCAGAAGCGAAGGGGAAAAUAAACAUCUGUUGAUAAUAAGACAA